GAAACCAGCCCUCUGCAGUCGAGGAAAGCUACCGAGGGUACAUUAGAUUGAAUAAUGCUCGUUCUGUGACGAGAAGUAGGCGGAGCUUGGAUUAUGUUCGCCCACGCGAUCAGCAGAAAAGGAGCUGGCAUGCUGGCUGACCUGCACAUUUCGCUAGGAACGGGACUCCUCUCAGAUUCGAAUGCGGAUAAACUGUCGAGCAAGCUGUAGGUCGACUACAAUUUAGCUAGGACAGCUCUUUCGAAGGUGAAAUACCAACGUACGAGCGACAAGCGGCAGUUUUGUCUGGUCGUGUUUGAUUAGUAACGCUCCAACAAUAGCUCCAUCAAAUACGAUGAACGGUAUGAAAUAUGUCAUCACAUUGUUGUCAGUGUUUAGUUGUAUUAUUGCAAGCUGCAAGGCGUAUUUACUGCGCUCCUCCGAAGAAGACUACAAUGUCCUGCGUCGUUUCGGGGUUCUCUCUGACGGGCCCCGGGCAAUAAAAUCCGAAACGUUCGACGUGCUCGAUCUCGAUCAUCUAGCUGGACAUGUCCACGCUCUGGAUGGGACCGUAUCAGUUUCUCAGCUCCGACCUGACAGUGAGCCACAGGACCUAUCCAGCAACAAGUUCGCAAAUCAGCGCAAAUCUCGGGAAGUUCAUGCCAUUCGCCACAGCCGUAGUAACAACGAUUUCGACACUCGACAUAGGUUCCUCUCAAAGGCUAAGGACAGUAGCGACGACGCAGCGCACUAUGUGUCUAUGGUUCGUCGGGGCACGGCAAGUCAGCUCAGGCCAUUGGCAAACAGCGAACUGGAAAAUCUGUUCCGCAAGAAAAGCGGCGGCAGUCAUCGUCACAGAAUCGUCGUUCCAGAACGUAAGAACCGUCAGGCUCUCCAAAUGGCUGCCAUCAGUACCCGGACAAGGCAGAACCGUCUGAAGACGCCCGAGCGCGGUGACCAUUUCCAACUGAAACAGCAAAAGUAAUAACAAAUUCAGGGUUGCAAGGACAUAACAUACACACACAGAAGCCGAUGUGUUUUCGAACAUCUAAGACCCUCUAAGUCAAUCUAAUCCAAUUGCAUAUAUACAUACAUAUUUAUUUGUGGUAACAUUUGUUUAUAAGAUGUACAUUACGGAUAUCGUCUAUUAGCUUAACAGUAUAUAUCUAAAAUUAAAACUAACCGUUUCGGCAAAAUUGAUCUCAAUUUGCCAUCGCGCAUUAGCCAGGAAGAGCGGUCUGAAUGAGAGAAAAAAUGUUCGUUCGUACGAUAAGAAUUACUAAGGCUGUAUUAUGCGCGUAUCAAUUUAUGUAUGCAGAUGUGUAAAUUCAUAUCUAUGUUUAAUAAAACGCUGUAUAGACGCCUAUUUUUUCCUACGUUCGAAUGUGACACUCUACGACGAGAAGAAUGAGUUUUAUAAGUAGUACUAUGUAACGCCCUAAUAGGCAGUAGGAGAAUCGGCUUGUAAAAGCAUCCACAGAGGGAUAACCUAGCUAAGCAAACGUCGCCAGGUAACUUCCCUAGGAUACGUUAUUGUAUAGCGGAGCGAUUAUUAUUAUUAUUAUUAUUGCAAAAUCAUACAGUUUUAGCUAUGAAAAUUGGCAAACUGCGCAGUUUGUAUGUACGCGGUGUCUUUUAUGUUUCACCUACAACUAACGCCGUCGAUUAAGGGUGUGUGCUUAAAGGCGCAUUGACUACUGCUAAUAAA